AUGUCUACUCAAUCAGGUAUUUUAGGCGAUGAAAAAUUGUUAGAGGCAAUCGCUCAUAAUCCAUCAAAACAGGUUAUCCUAGCACAAAUCAAUAAAAGCUGUGAUACAGUACAAUUAUUCAAAAGUUUAGAUUCUAUCGAAGAAUUGCAUGCAUUUCUUUCCAAUGAAGAAUCAAAAAAUUCCAAUUUCGAAUCCUUUUAUAUUUUAGUUCCAAUUAAUCUGAAUAACUCCUCUUCUUCAGCCACCAAUAAUGAUACAAGUUACGAUUUUAUAACUUACAUCCCCGAUAUUUCACCUGUUAGGCAGAAAAUGUUAUAUGCAUCGAGUAAAUUAAGCUUACAAAGACAAAUUGGCACUUCUAAAAUAGGUGUUAAUCUAUUACUUAAUUCAGUCGAAGAGCUAAUCCCAACCAAUUUGAGAAAAGAAUUAAGUGAAAGUGCUUCAAACAGUGACAAUCAGUCAAUAACCAAUACUACCGGCUUGAAGAAAAUUGAUGUCAGUGUUUUGAGUGAAUCAGAGUUAGCUAAUUUAGAAAUAUCUAGGCAACAAUAUAAGCAACAAUUAGUAUCACAAACAAAUGGGUCUGGCAGUCAGCUAAGUUUUAAAAUUAAUGACAAUGGUCAAGAUUUACUCAAUGGAUUUUUUAAACCAAAUAAUAUGGUCCAUAACUAUAAUUUCAUUAGCUUGCUCAUUGAUAUUUCCUCUGAACUUGUUAAUGCAACUAAUGAAUCAAUGAUCGACAAAGUUAGUGAACUGCCAUCAAAAAUUAUUACUGAACAUCCUACUUAUUCUUUAUACAAAUCAUCCUCAAAAAAUGACAAUACGUUUGAUCAAUAUUUUUUUAUUUACAGUUGUCCUUCGGGCAGUAAAGUUAAAGAACGUAUGUUAUAUGCGUCCAACAAACAAGGAUUGAUUAAUCAUUUAACUGACCAGUACGGCAUAACCUUUGCUAAAGUUAUUGAAAUUGGUGAUGCCGACGAGCUAGAAUUGAGCGAGUUGAAAAGCAGAGACGAAGAAGAAGAAAGUUCCGCCAACAAUCUAAACAAUAGAUUAAAGUUUAAUAAACCAAAAGGUCCACCAAGAAGAGGUGGCCAUAAAUAG